AUGGCUGGGUCAUCGACUUCCGUCCUGGUUCCCGUUCUCUACAUGGUUAUUAUUCUCGGCGGACUGGGAACUUUCUCUAUGAUAUACCGGAGGAAAUCGGCUGCAAAGUCACUCCCGCCAUACUUCCCGACUCACGCAGAGCGUAAUGUCUAUGUCACCCUCCUCCAAAAGACCGAUCCACCCGCCUCCGAUGCUCUUCUCAAGUCCGCCCUUGUUCGACGAGCGAUGACAGACGUGCAACGUGUCCUCCGACUUCGUGAAGACAAACCGGCAUUACAGAAUCUCCUCCAAAAAGGGUCUAUUGGCGAAGACUUGUGGAACAGUUUACUGGCUGCGGAGAAGGAAAUCGAGGCGGAAGUCAUGGAGGUCGUCGCGGAGGCCAACUCUUUCGUUGAGGGCUGGGGUCAAAUCAUCUUCCCAACCGCAAAUGAAAUGAUCGCCAAUGAGAAGAUGAGAACGCUCUACGAGUCUUCGGAAAAUCUCAAAAGCUCUCUUUCUCUGAAGUACAACGUACCAAAACCUGGUUUAGCGACAUUGGCUGCUCCCUCGACGAAUGGCAAUGCCGACAGCGACACUGAAUCCGGACCACGAUCACCUUCCAAACAAAAGGCUAAAAAGCGAAAGUAG